GUCUUUUAAAAAUUACGUGUGAUGAUUACACCCCCCAUUGUUCAGCCGCGUUGGUUCCGUCUGUUGCCGCUGUGUGUUGCUCUCCUUCCUGGUAGAGACUCGUACCGGAGCCGCCGAUGUCACAGCACAUAGCCCGACACAAAAUAAAAGUGAGAUCCCACCAGUCGACUCAUACAUGGCAGUGAAGCACUCGAGUGAAGACUAAACCGAGUACACGCCGCUCCAGAGCAUUGCCCUCGUAGAUGCCGCUCUGUCUUCGUCUUUGCAAAUGGCUUGCUGUCUGAAGGACGAGCUCCUCUGUUCCAUCUGCCUCAGCAUCUACCAGGACCCCGUCAGCUUUGGCUGCGAGCACUACUUCUGCAGAAAGUGCAUCACCGAGCACUGGAGCAGGCAGGAGCCUCACGCGCCGCGAGACUGUCCCGAGUGUCGCAGGACCUUCGCCGAUCCCCUCCUCACCCCGAGUCUCAAGUUGGCCAACAUUGUGGAGCGCUACUCGGCCUUCCCGCUGGACGCCAUCCUCAACGCUCAGAGAAGCUCCUACCCCUGCAAGGACCACGAGAAGGUCAAACUGUUCUGCCUCACCGACAAAAGUCUGGUGUGCUUCUUCUGCGACGAGCCGGCGCUACACGAGCAGCACCAAGUGACCACCAUUGACGAGGCCUUCGAGGAGAUACAGAGGGAGAUGAAGGAGCAGCUGGCCACCCUGCAGGACAGUGAGAAGGGACACACCGAGGCCCUGCAGCUCCUGCAGAGACAACUCACAGAAACCAAGUCCUCAGCCAAGAGUCUACGUGCAACGAUUGGCGACGCGUUCGAGCGCCUCCACCGUUUCCUACGCGAGCGUCAGAAGAGCAUGCUGGAGGAGCUGGAGAUGGACACGGCCCGCAAGCUCGCCGACAUCGAGCACAAGAUCCAGCGCUACAGUCAGCAGCUGCGUGACGUCAAAGAGGGCAUCCAGAUCCUGCAGGAGCGCCUCAACGAGACCGGACGACACGACUUCCUGGAGGGAGUGGCCGUCACGUCUGAGAGGAUUAAAGGGAAGAUACACGAGACCAAUCUGACCUAUGAAGACUUCCCAACGUCCAAGUACAUGGGGCCGUUACAGUACACGAUAUGGAAGUCUCUCUUUCAGGAUGUUUCACCAGUGCCAGCAGCGUUGACCCUCGACCCCAUCACGGCCCACCAAAGACUGAUCCUCUCGGACGACUGUACCAUCGUGGCCUACGGGAAUCUCCAUCCGCAGCCGCUGCAGGACUCCCCACGCCGCUUCGAUGUGGAGGUGUCUGUCCUGGGCGCGGAGGGCUUCAUCUCCGGUGUCCAUUACUGGGAGGUGAUGGUGUCGGAGAAGACCCAGUGGAUGAUCGGCGUAGCCAACGAGACAGUCAGUCGCAAGGGCAGCAUCCAGAUCCAGCCCAGUCGUGGCUUCUACUGCAUUGUCAUGCAUGACGGGAACCAGUACAGUGCCUGCACCGAGCCCUGGACCCGUCUCAAUGUCAAGAGCAAGCUGGAGAAGGUGGGGGUGUACCUGGACUACCCAAAAGGCCUACUCAUCUUUUACAAUGCAGACAACAUGUCAUGGCUCUACACCUACCGAGAGAAAUUCCCCGCCAAGGUCUUCCCCUAUUUCAGCCCCGGCCAGAGCCACGCCAACGGCAAGAACGUGCAACCGCUGCGAAUCAACACUGUGCGCCUUUAAGAGCGACGCACAUCUGUGGUCGUGAUUGUCCUGACAGAUGUAUCCAUCAUAGGUGACUUCAUAGGACUCAAGUCAAGUUUCACAAUGUUUAAUAGGGUGUUUGAAAUGUUUAUUUCGUUAAGGUUCAGUGUUAAGAAUUGUGCUUGAUGUUGCUGUGGAAGUCCACGCCGUUAUUUUUUGGUGACUUGAUAAGACUGUACGACAAAGGCCUGCAUUUGAGCCUCAUUCCACAUCUUUCAUUGAAAAGAUGACACUGAAUGGAGAGAGAAGGGGAGGCCCUGGGGCUUCUCUGGGGUCUGUGGAAGUGUGUUAAAAAAUUAAAAUAAAAAAAUAUAUAGAUAUAUAUUAUUUCCACUCUUAAAUUGACUGUCCCAGACCUGCCUUACACACUCCCAGGGGAACCACUCCCCCUUAUGAAGCUGCAGGCUCAUCAGACUUGUCGUCUCUCGGUCCCGGUACUUGUCUUCUCUGUGCUGUACAGUCAACUUCGCUUUGUUUUAUGGACAGCUCCUAUUUUAUAUUUUUGUUUGGAUUUUUUGCUUCUUCCAGUGGUUCACCCUGAACCUGUCAAGUCUGUUGGCACCUUUAACUUGGGGUUCCUCCUGCAGGAAACAUCCACACGUGUCCGCUCUGUCUUCACCGUUACAAAUCAAAGCUCCUGUUCCAUUGUGCACUAACGAUUCUCCACAUCACCUAAAAACAACCAUAUGAAUGAGUAAGUAGUCCAUAGGCCGCCUAUCCCUCUCCACUUCCCAGCUGUGCCCAAUGGUGAUAGGAAGGUCUGUCUGGAGAUGGACGUUGUCCAGAAAUGUGCUGCUAUUGAUUAAGCCAACACUUUAAUAUUUGUAUAUAGUGUAUCGAGGAUUAAAAUGUCGUCAUGCUGGCUCAUAUUUAAGUUUUCCUUUCUUCCCCCCAAAACGCAAGUGAUGCUGACCUUAAGCAUACACUAAACCUCCACUUUGAUAUUGAAUUCAAAUAUAAUUCUGCUUCCAGUUAUGAUGUUUGAUCAUUUUGUCUUGGAAUCAAAAGGAUUCUAAAUCAUUCCGGCUAAGUAGAUACUAGCCACACGAGGCUGGGCCCUGUAAAAAGCCCUCAGUUGUAAAAACAAUCUGAAAAGUUAAAAGAUCAAAUGUUGUUUGAAAAGAAAAUCUACAGAGACCAUCUGUUCUCACAGAUCAUAUCACUCAUGUUAAUGAAGUCAGGAUGGGUGUUUUAGGAAGUUGCAAUUAUAAAGGGUGGAUAGAUGGAUGGAUAGAUGGACUUGAGCCCAAUUGUGUGAUCCUGGCAUUCCCGUGGCUGCUGUUCUGUUACGUCAUGAUAAACUCACUGAUCAUUCCUCUGCAGGCGUGUUUCUUUCUUCGCCCCCAUGCGCCUAAGGUCCUCUUGUUUAUCUUGUUUUACCAGAUCCAGCAUUCUGAGACAAGUGUGUGUCUGUGUGGGGCGAGUGCACAGGUCCGUCUGAGUGUUCUGCUUCAUCUGUCAUUUUAAAGGAGACAUCUACGCUCCUAUUCAGGCUCAUCAUUUUAAUUUGGGUUAUAACUUGAAAAGGUUCACACGCUCUAAUGUUCAGUAAACACAUUGGUUUCCUCAUACUGUCCAUUUCUGCAGCUCCUCUUUCCAGCCUCUCUCUGAGACACUUGGUUUUGGUGCCGGGCUCCGCUCUCACUUCACCCGGCUUCGGGAGGGUUGAGACUAGCCGCUGGGCGCGCCAUAUGCAGUUCCGUAACAUCGUGAUGUGACGAUGUUACAGAAGCAUCGUUUCAGGAGCGGAGAGGACUUUACCGCGGACUUUGGGCUUUUUCACUUUGCAGAUCUUUUACAUACACAAAACAUCUAUAUUAAAACAAGAGGUAAGAGAGGAACUGAAAAAGCAUAAUAUGUCUCCUUUAAAUCCGUCAGAUCAUGCAGCGGCCAAAAGUGUUCAAAAUACUUUUGAAAUCAAAUUGGUAAUACUCAUUCAAAUUUUAAAAAAUAAAAUAAAAGUCAUCCCCUACAGAUGAUCCAACAGAACGUUCACCUCGCACCCUUCCCUUGCCUCAUUUUCACCUUUGCAGUGUGUAGUCUGUGUUGUCCAUUUAAAAGAAAACUGGGCAGUGCCCUUGUUUCUGUAGGAUCUUAUUCCGGUACGUGCAGUAGGAUGCAAACUAGGGUCAAAUUGUGAGCAUGUUAUAAUCACUGUUUUGUUUUAACUCGCACAAAUCUGCAGGGGCCAGUGAGUUGUUCAGAAGUUGUCUGAGUAACAUUGCUGAGUUAGAAAAAAAUGUUGGGGAGUUUUCGGGGAAAUUACUCAUCAAAUGUAAUCCAGUGAGCUUCCUGUGUGGAGAAAAAUGAUUCAUCCAUUAAUUUGUGGUUUAGACAAUCAGGGCAGUAUUCAGUCAGAUCGUCGUUUGUUAUCUAAAAUGUCCUAACAAAAUGGAUCCCAACCAGCUGGGCUCAUGCAGGUUAGAACACAUGUUAGAAUUUGACCCCAGUUUGCUGUGUGGCCGACCCCAGUGUGGUCCGCUUUGUUAAGGUUUUCUGUUUGAAUAUCAAGAAGGAGAUUUGUCGUGAGGUGGUGUUGGGGGCUACUGGUUGGUGCCGACGACGCGAACGGUUAAAAUGAUUUUGAUGAUAAUUAUUAAUGAUAACAGUGUUGAUUGUGUCUUGUGACGAUGGCCGCUGUGUCAUUGUGUGAACACACCAUAAGUGUGCUUCUGCUGCUGGAGGGCUUGUGGGAAAUGUUUUAAUGUACAAUAAAUGACUGUGAAAAACUGA